UCCUUGUUCGUCCCUGCAUUUCCACGGGAGACCUGAAAACGGCGAAAAAGGCCGCCGAGGCUGGUUGAAUUUCUGAUUACGCAUCUGAAUUUUCUUCUUUUCUCCCCUACCGGACGCAUUGGGGGAGAAAUCCCGAGCAGAUUCCAUCUCCAAUGGGGGCUCAAAAGGCGAUGAAAGUUCUGAGCGAGAGAGCCGCACUUGUCCGAGAGUCGCUGCAGAAGAGUCAGGUUGUAACGGAGAGCAUGGUCUCCAUUCUUGGCUCCUUCGAUCACCGUCUCUCCGCUCUCGAAACAGCUAUGCGGCCUACUCAGAUCAGAACUCAUUCAAUUCGGAGGGCGCAUGAGAAUAUCGACAAGACAUUGAAGUAUGCAGAAAGUAUGCUAGCUCAUUUUGAUCUUACACGCAAGGCCGAGGCUAAAAUACUCAGGGGGCCACAUGAGGACUUGGAAAUGUACUUGGAAGCAAUUAGUCAACUUCGAAGCGCUAAUCGCUACUUUACUGGGAACAAAAUUUUCCGAAGUAACGAAGCUAUUCUUACCCAUACAAGCAACUUGCUUGCAAAAGCCAUUUCAAAGCUGGAAGAUGAGUUCAGACAGCUUUUAACAAAUUACAGUAAGCCAGUGGAACCCGAUCGUCUUUUCGAUUGCCUCCCCAACUCCUUGCGUCCAUCUUCAGCAUCUUCGCAGCAAGGUGAUGGUGGUAGCAAACAUAAUUCUGACAAUCACAACAAAAGCUUAGAAGCUUCCAUCUUCAUUCCCCCAACUCUUAUUCCUCCCAGGGUUCUUCCAUUGUUGCAUGAUUUGGCCCAACAAAUGAUUCUGGCUGGCCAUCAGCAGCAAGUCUAUAGAAUAUACAGGGAGACUCGCGCUGCAGUUUUAGAACAGAGUCUUAGGAAAUUAGGUGUUGAGAGGCUUAGCAAGGACGAUGUCCAGAAAAUGCAGUGGGAGGCCCUUGAAGCUAAGAUUGGGAACUGGAUACAUUACGUGCGCAUUGCUGUCAAACUGCUGUUUACUGGGGAAAGGAAAAUCUGUGAUCAAAUAUUUGAUAGUGCAGACGCUCUCGUGGAUCAAUGCUUCGCAGAUGUGACAUCAAAUAAUGUGUCAAUGCUACUAAGUUUUGGAGACGCAAUUGCCAAAAGCAAGAGGUCUCCAGAAAAAUUGUUUGUUCUUCUAGACAUGUUUGAAAUAAUGCGAGAACUGCAAUCUGAGAUUGAAACACUUUUUGGAAGUAAAGCAUGCAUUGAAAUGCGUGAUUCUGCAUUGAGCUUAACACAACGCCUUGCCGAGACAGCUCAAGAGACUUUUGUUGAUUUUGAAGAAGCAGUAGAAAAGGAUGCCACAAAAACUGCUGUUCUUGAUGGGACUGUUCAUCCCUUGACCAGUUAUGUGAUAAACUACGUGAAGUUUUUAUUUGACUACAAAUCUACUUUGAAGCAACUAUUCCAAGACUUCGAGGCUGUUGAUCCAGAUGCUCAGUUAGCAGUGAUAACUACAAGAAUUACGCAGGCACUUCAGACUAAUCUUGACGGAAAAUCUAAGCAAUAUAAGGAUCCUGCAUUAACUCAAUUAUUUCUGAUGAACAAUAUUCACUAUAUAGUGAGAUCUGUCCGUAGAUCGGAGGCAAAGGAUUUGUUGGGUGAUGACUGGGUGCAGAUACAUCGAAGGAUUGUGCAGCAGCAUGCAAAUCAAUACAAAAGGAUUUCUUGGGCCAAGAUUUUGCAGUGCCUCACCGUUCAGGCCUCAGGCAGUGGUGGUGCUUCGGCAGAUGCAACCUGUGGACUCUCGAAAGCUAUGGUGAAAGAUAGGUUUAAGACUUUCAAUAUCCAAUUUGAGGAGCUUCAUCAGCGGCAGUCUCAAUGGACAGUUCCUGACAGUGAGUUGCGGGAGUCAUUGAGGUUGGCAGUCGCUGAAGUAUUAUUGCCUGCCUACCGAUCCUUCAUCAAGCGUUUCGGGCCUAUGGUUGACAAUGGGAAAACUGGUCUUCAAAGAAGCAUCAAAUAUACACCUGAGGAUCUUGAGCGUAUGCUAAAUGAAUUCUUUGAGGGCAAGACAUUCGGUGAACAAAAGCGCUAGUAGCGUCUCAAAAUGCUCUGUACAUGGACAAGUUAGAGCAGGAAGAACUUUUCUAUUGUUCCUACGAGUAAGGAUUAAGAGGCGGCGUCUAUGCACGAUUUGGGCUUUCUUUCCCUUCUCCUUGUAGUAUUCAUUUUAUUUAUUAAUUGUUAAUAUGAUUUUGCCAAAGGGCCAUUAAAACCACAUGAGGAGGCCAUGGCUGGCUUUGGUGCGCACCUUAACCACUUAAAGUACACCAAGGUAUGUAUUUUUUUAUCAUUUAUAUGGAAUUUUCCUUGUAUUUGGAAGAACAAACGUAGAUUAAAUUGAGCCUUCCUUCUGGUUGGUCCC